UCUCACUGACUCCCCCUCCUUCCACCAAGGCCGCACCGCCCCAGAUCCGGCGGCUUCUUAGGCGGGGCAGCGGACGGGGUGCGUCUCCUCCCGCUGCCGCCGGCCUGAUAAAUGAGGGACUUAGGGUUUGGGGUGCUGCAAACCGCCCGGCUCCGAAGCAGCAGUCCCGGGUCCCUGUUCAGCGGCGGGGCGUACCGUCCCUACGCCGCUGGAGCCGCGGCGGCCGCCGCCCCGCUGCCCUCCGCCACGCCUUUCGUCCCGAUCUCGCCGCCGCCGUUGCCUGUCACCGGCUUCUCGGAGGCCUCCUCCCCCUUCUCUAUCCCCUUCGGCUGCGGCGGCGCGGACAGCUCGGCCGCCACCGCUUCCUCUUCCUCCCCGUUCCCGGCGCAUCAGCAGACCAUGCAGGAUGAACUGCUGCUGAGGCUGACACAGCAGCCGGCGCGGCCACUCUCGGGGGCGGAGGCCACGGAGAAACUCCCCAACCACCACCCCGGCGGCGGCACGAACGCGGGUGUGACCCACCUCCUCCCCUCCCAGGACUUCAAACCGAGUCUGCACCACCCCUCCUCCUCCGCCUCCUCCUGCUGCUGCUGCCGCACCUCCUCCCCGCAGGACUUCAGUAAGCGGCAGCAGCAGCAGCUGAGCAGCCAGAAGAGGAAAGAGUUCAGCCCUCCCCGCCUUCCCCACCCUCCGGACUCGAAGCCGCCGCCGCCGCUCCACUGCCCCGGCCGGUUCGGCUCGCCGCCGCCGCCCGGCCAGCUCCUCCAGCCGGCGCAGCUCGCCCAGCGCCAGCAGCAACAGCAGCAACAACAGCAGCAGUUCAGCCUCCCGCACCCGCAGCACCUCCCGCCGCAGGACUUCGCCCCGCAGCAGCGCCCGGCCGACCUGCCCCCGCUCCCGCAGCUCCAGCCUUCGCCGCCUGCAGCCCCGCGGCGCCGUCACGGAGGCGCGGGCAGCCCUCGCAAGACCCCGGCCGUGGGCGAGGGCAGCGCCGCCGAACCCCCCAAUGCGGGCUUGGCCCCCUCGACGCCGCCGGUGAACCCCGCGCCGGGCUCCAUGGAGUCCCCCAACCAUCCUCUGCUCAACAGUCCCAGUAACCUCCUGCCUGGCGGGGCUCUCGGCGCGGGCGCCUUCAGCAGCCUGCAGAGCCCGGACCUUCCGCACCCGGGCGGCGGCGGCGGCGGCAGCAGCGGGGGCGGGGGGCCCCCCGGCGGCGGAGGGGGAGGUGGCUCCGCGUCGCCGCCGCCGCCGCUGCCCGGCUUCGGCACCCCCUGGUCGGUGCAGACCGCGUCGCCGCCGCCCCAGCCCCAGCCGCCGCCGCCCCAGCCGCAGCCGCCGCCGCCGCCUCAGCAGCCGCCGCAGCCGCAGCCGGGCUCGUCGGCCGCCACCCCGGGUGGCGGCGGCGGCGGCGGCGGCGGCUCGCUCAGCGCCAUGCCGCCGCCCAGCCCAGAUUCGGAGAACGGCUUCUACCCCGGGCUGCCGUCGUCCAUGAACCCGGCCUUCUUCCCGAGCUUCUCGCCCGUGUCCCCGCACGGCUGCGCUGGGCUCAGCGUGCCGGCGGGCGGCGGCGGCGGGGGCGGCGGCGGCGGCUUCGGGGGCCCUUUCUCGGCGGCCGCCGUGCCCCCGCCACCGCCGCCCGCCAUGAAUUUACCUCAGCAGCAGCAGCCCCCGCCGCCCGCGGCGCCGCAGCAGCCUCAGAGCCGGAGGUCACCCGUCAGCCCGCAGCUCCAGCAGCAGCAUCAGGCGGCCGCGGCCGCCUUCCUGCAGCAGAGGAACUCCUACAACCACCACCAGCCUCUUCUGAAACAAUCUCCUUGGAGCAACCAUCAAAGCAGUGGCUGGGGCACUGGAAGUAUGUCGUGGGGAGCAAUGCAUGGCAGAGAUCAUCGUAGAACUGGAAACAUGGGAAUUCCAGGAACUAUGAAUCAGAUAUCUCCAUUGAAGAAACCGUUUUCUGGUAAUGUCAUAGCACCGCCGAAAUUUACUCGCUCUACUCCAUCACUGACUCCAAAAUCUUGGAUUGAAGAUAAUGUGUUCAGAACAGACAACAAUAGUAAUACGCUCUUACCCUUACAGGUGAGAUCUAGUUUGCAGUUGCCAGCUUGGGGCUCAGAUUCACUCCAAGAUAGUUGGUGCACUGCAGCCGGAACAUCCAGAAUAGACCAGGAUCGAAGUAGAAUGUAUGACAGUUUGAAUAUGCACUCUCUGGAAAAUUCCCUUAUUGAUAUUAUGAGAGCAGAGCAUGAUCCUCUUAAGGGUCGAUUGAGCUAUCCACAUCCAGGAACUGACAAUCUGUUGAUGUUAAAUGCAAGGAGUUAUGGGCGAAGACGAGGUCGUUCUUCCCUCUUUCCAAUAGAUGAUGGCUUGCUGGAUGAUGGUCAUAAUGAUCAAGUUGGUGUUUUAAAUUCACCCACAUGUUACUCAGCUCAUCAAAAUGGAGAGCGAAUAGAACGUUUCUCUCGAAAAGUUUUUGUUGGUGGUCUUCCUCCAGAUAUUGAUGAAGAUGAAAUAACUGCCAGCUUCAGAAGAUUUGGGCCUUUGGUAGUAGAUUGGCCUCAUAAAGCAGAAAGCAAGUCCUAUUUUCCACCAAAAGGCUAUGCAUUCCUUCUCUUUCAAGAAGAGAGCUCAGUUCAGGCACUAAUUGAUGCUUGUAUUGAAGAAGAUGGAAAACUCUAUCUGUGUGUUUCCAGCCCUACUAUCAAGGACAAACCUGUUCAGAUCCGUCCUUGGAACUUAAGUGAUAGUGAUUUUGUGAUGGAUGGUUCUCAGCCUUUGGAUCCUCGAAAAACAAUUUUUGUUGGAGGUGUUCCUAGGCCAUUAAGGGCUGUGGAGCUUGCUAUGAUCAUGGACCGGCUGUAUGGUGGCGUUUGUUAUGCAGGAAUUGAUACAGAUCCUGAGCUAAAAUAUCCAAAAGGUGCUGGUCGAGUUGCUUUCUCCAAUCAGCAGAGCUAUAUUGCUGCCAUUAGUGCUCGGUUCGUUCAGCUUCAGCACGGUGAUAUUGAUAAACGUGUGGAGGUAAAGCCAUAUGUGCUAGAUGACCAGAUGUGUGAUGAAUGCCAGGGCGCACGCUGUGGUGGAAAAUUUGCUCCCUUUUUUUGUGCCAAUGUCACUUGCCUGCAGUAUUACUGUGAGUUUUGUUGGGCAAAUAUCCACUCUCGUGCAGGGCGUGAGUUCCAUAAGCCAUUGGUAAAGGAAGGUGCUGAUCGCCCACGUCAGAUCCACUUCCGCUGGAACUAAGAAUAGCAAACCUGCCUCUGUGUAACAAGGAAAGAAAGGGUGCAUGUGGCUUACUGUGUCUGAAGAUACUGACAUGCAGAAGAAAUAAGUGCAUUCUUCUGCUUUCACCCCAGCUAUCAAUACAUGCAUCUUUAUCAGCAGCCAAAACACUACAAGCCUCUUGUUUUUCACCAAAACCCUACAUCUCAGGCUUACUAAUUUUUGUGAUAUUUUCAUGUUAAAAUAAAAUGUUUUUUUGUAUUUUAUCCAAGUUAUUUUUAUAUGUAAAGUUAAAAUUAGAUAUGAGAAUGUUUUGCGUAGGGGCAAACAGUCUGCUGCUAUAUAGUGGGUGAAGCGUGCACUUAUUUCUAAAUGUGGGUUUUUAACUUCAAGAUCUGCCCCAGUAAUUUACCAAAGGUAGCAAAAUAAUAGUGAAGAUGGAAUAUGUCUGCUACAAAUGCUUAUUUUUA